AUAGUUCCACAGAAAAAUAGCUUGGUUUCUGCGAAGAGCAACAUAGCUAGGCCUCAGCGAUGGCUGCCGUUGAAGAAGGAGCUAACGCCAAUCAGUAUACACAAGAUGGGACAGUCGAUCUCAAAGGAAACCCUGUUCUUAGAUCCAAGAGAGGUGGAUGGACUGCUUGCUCCUUUGUUGUUGUUUAUGAGGUGUUUGAACGGAUGGCCUACUAUGGCAUAUCGUCGAACUUGAUCCUAUAUUUGACGAAGAAGCUUCACCAAGGUACAGUCACAUCUGCUAAUAAUGUCACAAACUGGGUUGGCACCAUUUGGAUGACUCCUAUUUUGGGUGCAUAUGUUGCUGAUGCUCAUCUCGGUCGUUAUUGGACAUUCCUCAUCGCUUGUAUCAUCUAUCUGUCGGGAAUGUCUGUAUUAACCCUAGCAGUUUCACUUCCUGCUCUGAAACCUCCAAAAUGCCUGGAGGCGAAUGUCGAAAACUGUAAGAAAGCCUCCACAUUACAGUUAGCUGUGUUCUAUGGUGCACUCUACACUCUAGCUAUUGGCACAGGAGGGACAAAACCAAAUAUAUCAACCAUUGGAGCAGACCAAUUUGAUGACUUCGAGCCUAAGGAGAAGGCUCAAAAACUCUCCUUCUUCAACUGGUGGAUGUUCAGCAUCUUCUUUGGCACUCUCUUUGCCAACACUAUUCUUGUUUACAUUCAAGAUAAUGUGGGAUGGAGCUUGGGCUAUGGACUUCCAACUAUUGGCCUUCUCAUUUCUAUCUUGAUUUUUUUGGCUGGCACACCCUUUUACAGACACAAGGUGCCUUCUGGAAGUCCAUUUACAAGAAUGGCUAAAGUCAUAGUAGCUGCAAUAAGAAAAAGGAAGGUGAAACUUCCUAGUGACCCUAAGGAACUCUAUGAGCUUCAACUGGAUGAGUAUGCAACCAAAGGAAAAUUUAGGAUUGAUUCUACACCGAGCAUAAGGUUCCUCAAUAAGGCUGCUGUGAAAACAGCCUCAACUAGUCCGUGGAGGCUAUGCUCAGUUACUCAAGUGGAAGAGACGAAGCAAAUGGUGAGAAUGAUCCCAAUUUUGAUUGCUACAUUUGUUCCAAGCACUAUGCUUGCACAAAUCAAUACAUUGUUUGUCAAACAAGGAACCACCCUUGACCGAGGAGUUGGAAACUUCAAGAUCCCCCCAGCAAGUUUAGCUGGAUUUGUAACAUUGUCCAUGCUCAUCAGUGUGGUGCUCUAUGACCGGUUCUUUGUUAAGAUCAUGAGAAAGUUGACAAAGAAUCCUAGAGGAAUCACUCUCCUUCAAAGAAUGGGGAUUGGAAUGAUUCUCCACUUUUUCAUAAUGGUAAUUGCAUCUCUGACCGAGAGGUAUCGACUUCAUGUUGCCAAGGAACAUGGAGUAGUCGAAAGUGGAGGCCAGGUUCCUCUAACCAUACUGGUUUUGCUUCCUCAAUUUGUGCUUAUGGGGACAGCUGAUGCAUUUUUAGAGGUUGCCAAGAUUGAGUUCUUCUAUGAUCAAGCACCUGAAGGCAUGAAGAGUCUUGGGACUUCUUAUUCCAUGACCACUUUGGGAGUGGGAAACUUUCUCAGUAGUUUUCUUCUUUCAACAGUUUCUCACAUCACCAAAGAGCAUGGUCACAAGGGGUGGAUACUCAACAACUUGAAUGCUUCUCAUCUUGACUACUAUUAUGCGUUUUUUGCCGUACUCAACUUCUUAAACUUCAUUUUCUUCUUAUUUAUGACUAAGAUGUAUGUAUACAAGGCAGAAAUUUCGGAUGCAAUUGAAGUGCUCGCUGGAGAGUUGAAGGAGACACCAAUGUACAGGCUACCAAAUCAAGAAGAUUAGUCUAAGUGAUGGAUUCAAUUAAGUAAGAUAGAAAUUGAAGCUGCUUGCUUUUGAUUUGGGGGUUUACCUUCGCUGGGUAGACAAACGCAAAAGAUAUUUUGUGAAUGCUUGAGAUUGUUCUUUACAGUUUUACUUGUUAAUCAGAAAUAUUGAUGGAAUAUAUAUAUUAAUGUACUUAUGGUUUUCA